AUGACUGAGACGACGGGGGCAGAUCUAGAGCAGCCAACCUACAGCUUUGAAAGCCUGGGUGUGCACGCAGGUCUCAGCCGAAAAGAGAACAAGUCGUUUGUAUUCGAAAAUAGCGCCCAUGGAGCCGCAAUAUUUAACGGGACGGCUGAAGCGUUCUGCUACAGCCGCAUUGGCAACCCUACUACCAAGGUCUUCGAGACCCGAGUAGCUGCGUUGGAAGGAGGUGAGGCUGCCUUGGCCACAUCUUCUGGCGCCGCAGCUUUGUUUACGACGAUUAUAUCCUUGGCACAACAUGGAAGCAACAUCGUCGUAGCAUCGUCGAUUUCAGAUUCUUGGACCCAUGUAUUUCAGCACCGCCUCCCGACUUGGGGAAUCACGGCUCAAUUAGUUAGCAACGAUGACAUCGAGCAGAUCGUACAGGCGAUCGACAAAGAUACAAAAUUUGUGUUCGCAGAGAGCAUACCCACCGACAACUUGCAGAUUUCAGACAUCGAAGCCCUCGCGACUGCGGCUCACUCAAAAGGAGUCCCGCUAGUAAUCGACAACACCGCUGGUGCAGGAGGUUAUCUGAUUCGUCCUCUCGAUCAUGGAGCAGACAUUGUCAUCCAGGACGCAGGUCCGUGGCUCAGUGUCUCUGGCUCCAUCUCAGCCGGAAUCAUCGUCGAUAGCGGCAGAUUCGACUGGAGCAGAAGCGUAGAACGAUAUCCUCAGUUCUUUGACCCGUCGGCUGGCUUUCACGGCCUGAAAUUCUGGGAGAAGUUCGGGAACCUGUCGUUCAUUACGUAUGCUAGAGCGGCCGUGAUGAGGGAUUCGGGACCGUGCCUGAACCCGUUCGAGGCGUUCCAAUUGAUCUCGGGUCUUGAGACGCUGUCGGUAAGGUUAGAGAGAAUAUCGUACAAUGCUUUUGUGCUUGCGGAUUGGAUUGACGAGAGGAAGGACACAUGUGGAAUCCAAAGAGUGUUGUAUCCAGGUCUCUCACAUGCUACAGUUGCCGCGAACAGAAAUUACAUAAAGGGUGGGCUUGGUGGCCUGUUGUCCAUCACGUUGGCAGAUAUGGACGUCCUUCCACGACUCCUGAGGAAAGUAACCCUCAUAUCGCUUGGGCAAAGCAUCGGCGGUUCGAAGACAGUCAUAGUAAACCAGCCAACCAUCUCGACAAAAGCGCCACCAAAAGCGUGGAUCUCGGUCGGACUUGAAAACAUAGACGAUAUCAUUGAAGAUCUUGCACAAGCUACAUCUGAUACUGAGAUUUGA